GCUUCUGAAACACCAGCUUAACAUUCCAGGACUAGAGAAUAAUUGGAAUCUAACCAUUUCAGCCCCAGGAUAUCACUUCGAGUUCUCCAUGGAAAUGUCCUAGGCUCAACCACCUUGAACCUCUUCAUCAAUGGCCUUCAUUUAUCAUAAGGGGUAAAGUUAAGAGCCAAUUCUACUAUCAAUAUGACAACAAAUUGGUCCUUUUUGGUCUUUUUUGGCGUGAAAGUGACAACAGAGUUUCCCUGGAGCUAAUAUUGGGCUACUGGCACUAUUUUUCGUAUUGAGAUAAUUUGUGAUACCAGUAACAUUUUUAAGUCUGAGGCCACAAUGAAGCUGAAACAACGUGUCGUUCUGCUAGCUAUCCUCCUUGUUAUUUUCAUUUUUACAAAGGUGUUCCUGAUUGACAACUCAGAUUCCUCUGCAGCUAACCGAGAAGAUCAGCAUUCUUUUCAACGUAUGAUGGAUAAACUCAAGAUUGAACUGAAUCCAAAUUUGGAGCAUACGCUGCAAUCGCCAUGGGAGAUAGCAGCACAGUGGGUUGUUCCCAGGGAGGUAUAUCCAGAAGAUACUCCAGAGCUUGGAGCCAUUCUACAUGCCAUGGCCACCAAAAAGAUCAUUAAGGCUGAUGUGGGUUAUAAAGGAACCCAACUAAAGGCUCUACUUGUUCUUGAAGGUGGACAGAAGGUUGUGUUCAAACCUAAAAGGUACAGCAGAAGUUAUGUCGUGGAAGGGGAACCAUAUGCUGGUUAUGACAGACACAAUGCUGAAGUAUCUGCUUUUCAUCUGGAUAGAAUCUUGGGAUUACGCCGGGCUCCAGUGGUUGUUGGGAGAUAUGUGAACUUGUACACUGAGAUAAAACCAGUUGCUUCUGAGCAGCUUCUGAGCACCUUCCUCACACAGGGUAACAAUAGCUGCUUCUAUGGAAAAUGUUAUUACUGCAGAGAAUCAGAACCAGCCUGUGCUGAUGGGCACAUUAUGGAAGGAUCUGUGAUACUGUGGCUACCAGACAUCUGGCCAUUACAAAAACAUAGACACCCAUGGGGCAGAACCUACAGAGAGGGAAAGCUAGCCAGGUGGGAGUAUGAUGAGAGUUAUUGUGAUGCAGUAAAGAAGACCCCUCCCUAUGAUUCCGGCCCCCGUCUUCUGGAUAUAAUAGAUACAGCGAUUUUUGAUUACUUGAUUGGCAAUGCAGACCGUCAUCACUACGAAAGCUUUCAGGAUGAUGGUGGAGCAAGCAUGUUAAUAUUGUUGGACAAUGCAAAGAGUUUUGGGAAUCCAAGUUUAGAUGAACGAAGUAUCCUCGCAGCUGUUUAUCAAUGUUGCAUUAUUAGAGUGUCCACCUGGAAUAGGUUAAACUACCUAAAGAAUGGAGUUCUGAGUACUGCUAUGCGGACUGCCAUGUCACAUGAUCCCAUAAACCCAGUUUUGACAGAUGCACAUUUGGACGCCAUGGACCGAAGGCUGAUGGCUGUCAUAGCAACUAUCAAGCAGUGCAUUGAGCAAUUUGGGACAGACAGUGUGCUGGUGGAAGACAGAAUGAAACUAACUCACUUGAAAUAAGACAUUUGAACUGGAAAUCAAAUAAUACUGCUGUUCUGCAUAUGUCAAAUAUAGACUGUUGUAAACAAUGCACAGUAUGGAAUACAAACUGAAGGAAUUUUAAGAAAAUGUUUCUAUUCCCUUCAGGGAUAUAAAUUAUUUGGAAAGGUAGGCUUGUGCCUAGGAGAGUGAUGAAAUAUCAGUUGGUCCAGUUGAAUUCUGCAUUUGAUGCAGGUGAUCAUAAAUGGAGGCAAUAAAAUUGCUUUCUGAUUAAACGCUUUCACUUGAUCUUUAUUGUAACUGUAGGUAUGUUUUUCACCAUUCACAUUUUGUCAAAGAAGGUCAACUUGUUUUAAGCAUCCCAAAGAAAGGUGGUAAAUCUCUGCUAACUCUGAUAGCUGUUACCUUCCGCUUGCUGAAGGUUAAGUACAUUUUUUUGAUCUUUACAUUGCCAAAUAAUAAAAUCUAGGAUAUCCUGCAGCUAUAUUUAGUUUACAUGCCUGCCUCAGUUACAUAAAUGAUAUUAUAUGGACAAAUUACAAAACCCACUAAUGUAGGUCCUGACUUACUGUAUUCCCAUUAGAAAUUGGAAAUGUAGAAAAAAAUGCCUAUACAGCACAGUAAUGACAUUACUGCAAUGCAGAUUAAAUGGAAGGAGGCAAGAAUCUGAAAACAAAACUGUCCUCAAUUUCUGUAAAUUCAAAAUGUAUUAUAUAUUGUUUAAACUGCAACAUAAUUGUAGUUAAACUACAGAACGUAUUAUUUAUUUUCUUACUUUGACUAUUGAGAAUUUAAAACUGUCUAAUUGCAGGGCUGAAGGUAAAGGUACUUUUUUUUUGUAAUAAUAGUGCUCAAUAAAACUUAUCCUAUUAUUACGUGCAAAUGGUGAACUUCAAACGAUAAUUCAUAUUAAGUGUUGCAAUGUUCAUUUCACAGCCAAUUUGAAUCUUGAUGCCAAACAGGCAUUCAUUCUAAACCAUAGCUAGAACAUCAGUUCUCAGCCAAACCUUUGAGCAUUGUGUGGUUGUGGGGAAGUGAGAUAUAGCUGGUUACUAUACAACAAUAAAGCAUGGGACCAACUGAACGGUUAACGUUUCACGGUUGAGACUGUUCUGAAGAGCUUGGGUUUGAAAGUGUUGUAAACUUGUCCGUUUUUUGCUGUUUUGAAUGUUUUGUUUUUAAAAUGGAACUUGCUUAAAGGUAACAGACCAAUUGAUUAGGUGUUGGGAUUGUUAGCUUUAUACUGUGCCAAGUUUGAUCUGUCGGUUUACUAUUUGAUACUGUGUACACUAAACAUGCUUGUGGGAGACCCCAACCUAGCAGUGGAACUUCCAAAUCUGAUGGGCACUGGUACUUCUCUACCCCUUCCACUUCUGAUCCACCAGAUUUGGUUGGAUGUUUACAAUGAUUCUUGCAAAGCAGGAAGGCUUGAACUGUUUAAAUCACUGAUUCAAACUUUAGCAAUGGAAAUCUUUUUUAAAAUAUAAAAUAAUAGUGGUAUGUAAAUAAUUAUAAAUUAUUUGUUUGGAGUAGACUUGAGCUAUUGCUUACUGUAACUAUUAUAAAUGGAAGAUUACUCCAUAUUUUAGUGGAGAAGAUGGCUGGUGCUGUAGUUCACAUUCUCUGGUAAUCUACCAUUAUUUGGAAAAUAAUGUUCUGAUCACCACCAAUGCAAAUAAAUGAUUUAAGCAAUAUGUAGGAUAACACCUUCUAUUUUAAUAAUAAAAAAAAUUAAAGCACAGCUUCAAAAAAUUUGCGUUUUAUCAGUGCAUUAGAAAAUUUUAAGUCUCUAUUAAAGGCCAGUCGUCAAUAA